UUGUGAUUCACAAAAACAAAAAACAAAACAGAAAUCAAUUAAAAAAAUAAAUAGAAAACCGCUGUCGAUUAUUAUAUAACCACCGACGAACGAAAGAGACGAGAGAGUUUCUUUUGUAACCGUAAUUGUAAUUAAAGAGAAGAAAUAAUGGAGAAGCUGUCAUCAGCUGCUGUAGUUCCUCAGCUCCUCCGCAACAUCAUCGUCGCCGUCGUUGUUUUCGCUGAUGAAUCUCUCCUUCAAAUCUCCGGGAAUUCAAAGCUCCUCGAGAAACUCCGUGUAUUUCUCGUCACGUGUUUCCUCUUCUUCUUACGCUCUCUUCCUUCAAUCGUCUCUUUCGCAAACCCUAAUUCGUCAGUCGUCUCUUUCGCCAACCCUUAUUCAUCGAAGACGAAGAAGAAGAAUAAGAUACUGGUGAUCAACCAUUGCGAAGAAUCGGGAAUCGGUCGAGCAAUUUGGCAGUUAUUGUCAGCGAUGAAUGAAAUUCCGGUGAGUUCUAGAAAGUACCAAGUGGUUCGAUCGUUGGCGGAGAGACUAAUCAACGAUAAUCAAGGAGAAAACUCAGUCGCCUUGUUGGAUUUGAACCGUAGGGUUUUAAACGCGUCGUUUCGUACAACUCUAAGCCGGUUAGAGACGGCGGUUGAGCGUAACCCUAACCGGAGAGAUAUAGAUGAACCGGUUCGUCGUGGAUUAAACCGGGUUGUCAGAGCUGUGGUUAGAGCCGUGGGAGAUGGGUUUAUCGGUUGGGGUGGAGAAGAGACGGCGGAUCAGACGGCGGAAACGUCGGAGAAACUGGCGGCGGAAUUGCUUUGGUUGGCGGAGAAGAUGGCGGUUUAUGGAUUCGUGGAUGAAGCCGUUGAGAAAUGGGCUUCGGCUUCUAACUUAGCUUGGCUUGCUCUUUCGUGUGAGCCACGUCUUCAAUGCUCUUUGAUCCAAAUCUCUGCCUUACUAUUCAAAGAAGCCAAGGACAUUAAAAAGGGAAGCGAAGAAGAAGAAGGAGAGGAAGCAAAAUUGAGAGAGAUAAAGAAGAAGAUGCUUAUUUCGUGGAUUCCGUUGCUGUGCCGAGCCAGCAACGGAGCUGAUAAACCGGUGUUAAGAAGUGCGGAACGAGCGUAUCUAGAGAAAGUGUUGGAGAAGAUGAUAUCUGAACUAAAAGAAGAGGAGCAAGAACGAGUUCUCUCACUCUGGCUUCACCAUUACACACAUUGCGCUUCCUCUGACUGGCCUGACCUCAACGGCUCUUAUGUUCGUUGGUGCCAUUCUUCUCGCCAGCUUUUGCUCUUAGGCUAGUCGUCUCAUAUAUCUCCUUGAUAAACACAAGUAGAAAGUUGCUACAAUAUUUGCAAUAGCAUUGAUCUUUUGUAUGUCUUAAUCAUAUGUACUAAGUUUUGCCCUUUAGAAAUCACUUUUAUCAAUAGGAAAUUACUUUUGUCCACCCACUGAUCUCAUUUAUGUUAAUUUCCUCCAGAAAUUUCUUGCAUGUUUUGAAGGUGUUAUUAUACCUUAGGGAUCAAGCAC